AAGCCCCCAACUCCGACAGAGUGGAACCCUUGUGAAAGACAGGGUACACAGGACAGUGGACCAAUCAAAGUUGGUCAGAUUAGACCAAUCAGCACCACAAUGGCUCCCUCCACUGCGCUGAUUUUAGGGUUGCCCAGUUGGUCGAAACAAGCGGUACAAAUGCCAGUGGAAGUACCGCAUACCUUUGAAUUGCAUCGCAGCGCGAAACCAACCGUUUGCCAACACUGUCAUCGUCUGUUGCAUGGUCUCUUUCGGCAAGGCUUGCAGUGCAAAGAUUGCAAACUGUGGGUUCAUAAAAAAUGUGCAUCACUUGUCCCGAAGAAUUGUGAAGGUGAACUGCUGACCUCCGAAGAGGGAACCUGCAAAGACAGCAACAUCAGUGUUGGCAUUGAUGCUUCACUGCCGUACAACCUUAAGAAAAAGAGUGGAUGGGGAAGGGGACCUAGUGCUGGCCCAUGCCUAGCAUUCUGUGGUGCCUACAGCUCCAACUGCUCAUUUGGACAAUCUGGAAAGAAACUGACACCACGAGCGCCACUGACAUCGAUUAGCCGACAUUUAUUGCAACGUCUCGAGCCGAGCACAGACGGGGUCACGGAGACCCCAUCCUGGAAGGCGUACAACACCAAUAACACCCAAACUCUUCGUGAUCUCUUUCCUUUCUGUCAAGUCAUGUGCUGUCCACCUCGUGUGUUGACUUCAUUUUUCACAAGCAAAAUCUUUCCUCUCAUUGGUGAGUUGGCUCUUGAAUCAACUAACACUCCAACUCUAAUGUUUGCAUUUCUGUUGACUUCAGAUAAUUCGACAACGCGACCAGUGCCCGUACAAGAACAAGCUCCCCGUAAACUGCGAAAACGUCUUUUCCUUCGUGGACAAACGGUGGGCACAAUAACCACGCCACCCACACCGGAUAUGGGAAGAAGAAACCGGUUUGAGAACACAUUUGUUCAUUGGCGAAGACAAAAUGCCAGUGGAGCACCGCUGAACCUGACGUACUUACGAAAAACCGUCGAUAUAGGUACAAAUGCUGAGUUGGAUCUUUUAUCGGCGAGCUUGCCGGAAGAACAGCCAUUUCAAUUGGACGAGAAUAAGGGAGAUCAGUCCCAACUGACCAGCACCGCUGAACAACGUAAGGUGAGUUUCCGGUCCCAGCGUAAAGAACACGUAUCGGUGGAUGCCCCGACCGCAAGCCCGCAAGAACCAAGUCAUAACGCAGUAUCAGUCAGUUAUUUACCAACUGAGGUGAUGGGUAGUGAAGACGCACCGCGAGCUGUGGCCAGUCGCACCGGAUCGAUUGAACGACCACCCGCAAACCCCAGGCAUAAUUCUUGGCUCGAACUUACUGAGCGGAAGGUCCGUGAUUCGAACCCGACCUCUGCAUCUCGACUGCUACUCUCUGGGCUUGGUCAACCGGACAGUAUCUUAGCCCUGUUGCUUCCUUUUGGUAGUAUGGUAGCUAGUCAAAACACGCCUCGUAACAUACCGUUAAUGCGAGUGAUUCAGUCGGCCAGACAUACCAAAAGACACGGCACUGGUCUCAUCAUUCGCGAGUCGUGGAUGGUACACAGCACGAACAAAGAUGCACAGGUAGGUGAUGUCGCAAGAAAUUCUGCUCCCUUUUUCGGCAGUCAAAACACGCCUCGUAACAUACCGUUAAUGCGAGUGAUUCAGUCUGCCAGACAUACCAAAAGACACGGCACUGGUCUCAUCAUUCGCGAGUCGUGGAUGGUACACAGCACGAACAAAGAUGCA